AUCCAAUAUUUGGCGUAUUGUGCGUGGGUCGGUCCCUUACCCCUUUGACGCGUUAUGAUGUUUUCACUUGUUAAUCAAUCUUGCCGAUGUACUGCCUGUCAUCUAUGCUUUAUUAACCGCCUCGGAAAACUAUGAACUCAAUUUACGGAGCAGUAGUUACUGCUGUCCAUGUCAACAAACGGUUACUUUUGUGUACCUAGCUUUGAACUGGCUGGGUAGUCAUGCUUCAGAAGAUAAAUGCACGGACACUACGUGGAGCCCCAAGAAAAAUCUAUUCUCAGAGAGGAGUCAUUGUUCACCCUGAAUGGCUAGCGGACAAGAACUCUUGCCCGAGUUUGGGAAGCACUGCUAUAACCAAUUCCAACUCUGAAAUCCGAAAGAAUUGUUCCACGUUGAGAAAGCGGCCACGAUUUUCGCGAUGCACCUCGAUCAAGCAACCACCUGUGUUGGAUGUUGCUGCGCUCUCUCCCAGGUCAGCUCACGUUCGAAAAGCCCGAGCACAUGGUUCACAAACGGUGCUAUCCAAUAUUUCACUGAGACAGCGAUCAGAUACUCAAGUCUAUCAACCCUCUUCAUUACAGCCCAUUGUUCAUGACUCGUCGUUUCACUACAUUCGAACAUUUGAUGAAGCAAAAAGUCAAACAGCAGGCAAAUUAACUGAAAUGGGCUUCGCCUUAACCCGCCUUCCUAAGGAGGACAUCCUAGACGAAUGUUGUUCACCAGAUGUACUUCCCCAUCGACAUGAUGCUACUGCCCAACUCGGCUGCGAAACCGUGAGCGAAUUGGAGGCACAUGAUGGGACAACAGCAGACAUCAAACGUUCCUUAAAUUGCGCUACUCACAUGGACCGAGAACCCAGCGAAUCUUUAGCAAAUCAUGAUGAGCUAGCAGCAGAAAUAUCCGCUAUCGAGGAGAAUGAAGACACAGAUGAUUCCGACGAAGCGGAGGCCUACGCAUUCAUUCACAGUCUCCCUCCCAUAUCACCGGAGUUGAACUGUCAGCCUCCAGCGUUACCAAAGCGCACACGUUCCUCCCCUGAAUUUUGCCUUGUUCUGGACUUGGAUGAAACGCUAGUCCACUGUAGCCUAAAUCCUCUGGCAGACGCCCAGUUCAUUUUCCAAGUUGUCUUCCAAGGCGUAGUGUACAUGGUCUACGUGCGUAUUCGUCCUCAUUUGUACGAGUUUUUAUCCCGUGUCUCGGAAACCUUCGAAGUGGUUCUAUUCACUGCUAGCACACGGGUGUACGCUGAUCGCCUGGUCAAUUUAAUUGACCCAAAAAAGAAGUGGAUCAAACACAGAUUGUUUCGUGAACAUUGUGCCUUUGUAAAUGGGAAUUACGUGAAGGAUCUUCGAGUGUUGGGCCGUGAUUUGCGAAAAACCGUGAUCGUAGACAAUUCACCUCAAUCCUUCGGUUACCAGGUUAGAUCAUCUUGCUUUUUUUCUUCUGCCACAGAUCUAUAUCACACUAAGUUAUCAUUGAAGCCUGUUAGUGCCUUAUCAGUCAUAACCGCAUGCACUGCUUCUCACGCGGAAAUUGUAAGCUGUUUGCUUCUCUUUCUGCCUCAUUCCCCCUACUGACGGUGGGACAAAGAGGUCUAUAUCAGUUCACGGUCUGUGAUAGCACAAUGUUUCAUGAAGGCUGUUUGAAAUCGUUUAAGUGUCCAGAUUGUGAAGUCAAAAUAGCUACUGGACCCCUGGUUUUUUUACUCAUCGUACGGUAGAACAAAACAUUUCUUAUUUGUGUGUGUCUGAAAUGUCUAAUGUCUAACAAUGCAGCGCUGAUGUGUUUGAUGUUAUUGAGGAAUGCUGUAACCUCGUAUCUGGUCCAGCUUCAAGUCUAUUGCAGUACUUUGUUUUUGUAUAGCUAUAAUGCGAAAAUGCACUUCCACACAUAUAAGUCGUGGCAAAUGGGGGAAACACGGGAACAUUUGUCUUUGCUAUGUCAGAGUACUCUACGUUCGUGUUACAGACAGAGACACUUGAAACUACCCCGCAACAAUAGACUGAUAUUAUGUCGAAGAGUUUCUCUUACUGAAGGUAUUUGGAAGGAUGAGUUCGUGCAGAUAACUGGGUUCUUGACCCAUAAAAUUUUCCUCAUUCGCUGUGGAAAGGCUACUGCAAGAUCCUGCAAAUGCUGCACAAUUUCUUUAGACAUCCUCUUGGAUUUUUUAGCCCUUUCAUCGCUUCUAAAAUGUCUUUAUUGCCGGAAAGCUCACAAUAUCUCCACUGCAAACAGAAAUCGCCCAAAAGUCUCCUUUUCUUCCAAAUCCUCGACGUUUAUGAUUUGCGCUGAACCUGCUCGUAGAUUUACGUCAUUUUUGCGAAUCGGACAGCACAAGCCUUGUAAACUACGCAUCUAUCCUGAGGUCCUUUAGAGCGCGCGUCAGUCGAAAGAAACAUCUCGUAUGGACGCACUACGCCGGGUUUUCUGAACGCAAUCUUUAUUUCUGGUGUGCCAGAACUUCCCACGAUAGUCCUGAGGUCGGUAAUCACGAUUGGGAACUGUGGCGGUACAUUCGUGAAACACUCCUUGGACAAUGUUGUGGUGCGACCCCUCAAAUUAUAGAGGAAGCGGAUCAAGUAUCCUAAAACUUCUGAUUCAGACAGCGACAGAAGCGUUAGAACCUUGGCGAAGACAUUGGGAAGGCCUUCCAUCUGAACUUCGGUUAAAAGCUGCUGAAGCCUUGCAAAGACUAGACAUGAGCCUACCUGAAAAAGCAAACCUACCAGCGAUUACGCAGGGGCACCACUUUACCACUCGAUCACACAAUUCCGCAUUAUGUCCGGACGAAGAAUGGUAUGGACCUUGGCCAACUCAGUUUGCGAACGACGUGUCAU